AUGAGAUCAACUGUGUAUAAUUUGCCUGAAGAGGCCAUUGAAGAAACACAUAAAAUUUUAAAUAAAUUUGAUCUUCUUCAAGAAUCUAAUUCUCUUCAAGAAUCUGAUCCUCUUCAAGAAUCUGAUCCUCUUCAAGAAUCUGAUCUUUUUCAAGAAUUUGAUCCUUUUCAAGAAUCUAAUUCUUUUCAAGAAUUUGAUCUUCUUCAAGAAUCUAAUCUUUUUCAAAAGUCUAAUUCUUUUCAAGAAUUUAACUCUUUUCAAAAAUCUAAUUCACUUUAA